AUGGCUGACGACGAUAACUUCGACAUCGACAUCUACGGCGACGACGCCCCCCAGGACUCCUUCAACAAUAACAGUGAUGUCAAACAAGAGGCCCACAGGGGGACCCUGCCUGACGCCUCUCAGCAAUCCGACAAUGCCCAGUCCAAUGGCGCGAUGAAGCAAGAGAGUCGCGAUAACUCUGUCAAGCAGGAAGAUGCCCGUAGUGCCAAUGCUGAUGAGCGCCAACAAAUCUCGAGCACUGGUGGCUCGUCCCAUAAUCAAUUGCAGCCCCCGAAGCAAGCCCCCGUUCAGCAGGGCGUCAAGCGUAAGGAAGGCGCCGACGACCGGCCCGUCGAUGCGAACGCGACCACUGCCCUGCUCAUCAGCGAUCUUCACUGGUGGACUAACGAAGACGACAUCCGAGGCUGGACCAACCAGAGCGGAUGCGAGGACGAGCUGGUCGACGUGACCUUCAACGAGCAUAAAGUCAAUGGCAAGAGCAAAGGCCAAUGCUUUGUUGAAAUGGCAUCGCCGCAGGCCGCCACUGCGCUUAAGCAUACAAUAGAAUCCUUCGGCCAAGGCCAGCAAUAUGCAAAGAAGCAUUCGGCCUCCUACCACGCUCCCCACGUCAACCCUUACCGGACUCUGCCCAAGGACGUCCCCAACCGCAAGGACGGAAACCGAAACGACAAUCGCUCCUCCUCAGGAAGCUUUGGCGGCGGUUCCGGUAUGAACACCAACUUCAAUAGCGGAGGUGGGUUCCGUGGUGGUCGCGGCGGCUUCAACAGUCGUGGUGGUAUGAAUAGUAUGGGCUACAACAACCGUGGCGGCUUCAAUGGCCCGAUGGGCGGCGGUAACAUGGGACCCGGUGGUGGGUUCGGUGGCGGCCCUAUGGGAGGAUUCGGUGGUGGGCCAAUGGGAGGCAUGAACAAUAUGGGCUUCAACAAUUUUGGUCGUGGUGGUGGUGGCGGUGGCGGCGGUAUGAUGGGUGGGAUGCGGGGCGGUAUGGGAGGCCGUGGAAGAGGUGGCAUGAAUGGUGGUAUGAACGCGGGCAUGAUGGGUGGCAUGGGCCCGAUGGGUGGCAUGGGGGCCAUGGGAAUGAAUCCAGGCAUGAUGGGCGGCAUGGGAGGAAACAUGAACAUGGGUAUGGGUGGCAUGCAAGAAAUCGGCAACACCAACCCAAUCACAACGCCCGAUAUCACAAUCGUCAGCGAGAAACCUCGGCAAUAUUCUCCUUCACAAUCACUUCUCGACUCUCAUCCCUCUCCUCCAGCACAAAAUCAAGCAUUACACUGCCGUCCUGGUUUCGGCUUCGGUUCAGACACAAGCUCCGUGUUAGACUACAGUAUUGUUAACAGAUCCAUCGUUCUCACAGGCGGCUUCGGCGGUGGCGCACAACCGCAUUUCAACCCUGCCUUUUUCGGAAACCAACAAAGUGGUGGUGGUGGCGGCGACGGCAACUGGAAUCCCCAUGGUGCGAAGCGGCCGCGCCCCGAGUAA